GGAGGACGGGAGGAGAGUGGGGGAAUCCGGUUCGGCAGCGCUUGUUUGCCGAAGGAGUUUCCCGGCGGGACGGGUUCCCUGGCCAAGGUUCUCCGCCAAAGAUCGGCGGGGAGGGCUGGGGGGUGCGCGCCGCCGCUCUGCUCGCCCUUAUCUGGGCACGACAGGCGAUAAUUCGCCGCUGCCCAAACAGCCCGGCGGCAGCUGGGUCCCGGGGAGAUCAACGCUGCCCGGCGCAGAGACCUGGCAAACUCAAGGCAGGGCUGGGAGCGCGUCCCGGGGAUGCCGAUGGAAGCGGCACCCCGGAAUACCACGUGUCCCGCUCUCCUGCACAGGAGGCAGGGCACGACCCCGCGCUGCCGAGGCGGGGUAGGGCCGGGGCACCGACCCCCCUCCAGCGCCCGCGUCCCACCGGGAGCUUCCUGCCGACCCGUCCGGGGAUCCAGCUGCCGCCCCGCCGGGACCCUCCGCGCUCCCGGAGAAAUAAUAAACUCAUCUGCACGCGUGUGCGGCGAGGAGAGCGGGCGGCAGGCGCUGCGUAUCAACACCACAGCGAGGGGAUAGAGGCGCGCUAGGCACGCCCUGGAUCCCCCGGUCCGAGGCGCAUUCCCGGCGGGAGCGGCCGCCCGCCUGCACAGGAGGAUGGGCGAGGCGGUGGCCCGGGUGGCCAGGAAGGUGAACGACACGGUGGAGAACAAAACGGAUUCCCUGGAUCUGGCCAACUGCAAACUGAUGACCUUCCCCGUUGGGAUCUACAAAGCCAUGAGGAGCGUCACCGAGGGGAUCCAUCGCAUCUCCCUGGCCAACAACGAGCUCAAGUCCAUCACCAGCCGAUUUGUCACCACCUUCAGCCAGCUGACAGAGCUCAACCUGGCGGGCAAUUACCUGCACCGCCUGCCCGAGGAAAUCACAUCCCUGCUGCACCUCCGGGCCAUCGACCUCUCCCGCAACAGGUUCCGCCGCUUCCCGGAGCCCCUGGCCACCGUCCCCGCCCUGGAGACCAUCGACCUGCAAGAGAACGAGAUCGCAGAGGUGCCGACGGAUAAAUUGGCCUCCAUGGCAUUGCUGCGGAGCCUCAACCUGCGGGCCAACCCGGUGGGCCCCGAGGUGCGGCUGCUGGUCCGGCCCCUCGUUCCCUUCGAGCUGCUGCUGUCUCCAGAGGAGCCCAUCCCUAAAGCCUGAUGGGACCCCAGGGUGCCCGAGCUGUCCCGAGGGGUGACUGCCCACAGGAGUGGUUUGGCUUAGGUCAGUCCCUGCUACGCCCCUGUUUCUGUCCCAAACCUGAGCCAGCGUGUCGUUUUUCCUAAAUUGAAAGCAAGCAGCAGGGCUCCCCCGUGAAGGGAUGGCUCUGCCAAAUCCAAGGCCUGGCAAUCUCCUGCUUAUGUGCUUUGGGGAUGCAGAGGAGCUGCAGGACCUGUGGUGGGAGGUUUGGGUAAAGCUGGGGGGAUCUGGGUGUUCACCCUCCCAUGUGGGCAGUGAUGGGGAGCAGCCAGGAUGGUGGCGGGCAUCCCUGUGGCUGUAAGGGUUCUCCCUGGAAUUGCUGACGUGGUGGUGUACCAAGUGCCUGAUUAAAUGCUUUACUGUUACAUCAGGGGGGUUGUAUCUGAUUAAAUUCAAAUUACCAGCCUUGUCGUUAAAGAAGCCCCUUCACACAGCUGCUCACCACAGCCUCCAGCUGGAUUCUCCCUGACCCAAGCAGUAUCUCCCUGGAAAAAUCCUGGUUUUCCAAGGAAUCUUUUGUCCCUUCUGUUUUCUCACCAUGGAAACCAAAGCAACCCAAUGCCAGUGGGUGCCCACACGCUGCUCACCCCGUGGGUAUCCCCAGAAGUGUGAGCCCACCUCUGGGGUCCUGGGGGUCCUCAAGUUGUGCUGAUUCCCUUCCCAGGAAGAAAUGUCCUGGGGAGAGUGGUUUCCCAGUGGCAGAGAGGCCACUGCCAAGCACACCCAUGUCCCUUAGCAGCUGGCUGCCUGCAAAAAACUACCAAAAACAACAAACCAACUCCUGGGAGAAACCCCAGGUGUUAUCUCAAAACUCCUUGUUUAAACAUCUCCCUUGUUUGUUCCUUUGGUAUUUAAGGGACAAACACUUCCCAGUGCUGUGUGCAGGCUGGAGAGAACCAGGAAUGGUAAAUCUUGUAAAUAUUUGACUUCUGGACUUGCCAAACUUUGGUGAAAGGUUAUGGUAAGAGACGUUGGGCAUGCUGGAGGAGCUAUGGGUUGAGUGGAGCAGCCUGGAGCCAGCACCAGCAUCCCCAAACAUCGUGUUGCUUGUCCCU